AUAAACAAACAACUAUCGAUUUUGUACUUACCGGCGAUAAGCAUUGUAGCUACACGUCUAAUAUUCGUAGUUCCGUAUGUAAAAAAAUUGUUAAAUCGUGUGUUAACAAUUUAAUUUCAUUUCUUUUAAAUUUUGCAAGAUGUUGAAAAGCGGUUUUAUUACUAAACAGUACUAAAAUAUUCAUGUUUCAAUAAUUCAUAGUGUGAUAGAGUUGGAAAUUUUUUAACGAGAAAGGAAGUAUUAAAAAUGGAUCUUCAUUUCUAUUUCAUUUUAUUCUUCGUCAUAUACAUUGAUGCACAAGAGGUAGAUAUUAAUUCAGAGACAAAAGUUGAUUCUAAAGCUUCAAAGAAAAAGACAGAAGUUUUACCUCCUUGUCAAGCUUGCAAAAUGUUAGCUAAUUCUUUUAAAAAGGGAAUAGAAAGGACCUCAAGAGGAAAAUUCGAAGGUGGUGAUGCAUCUUGGGAAAAAAGCAGAUUGAAAUCUUAUGCUGAGAGUGAAAUUCGACUGGUUGAAAUUCAAGAAAAACUUUGCAUCGAUGAAGAAAAAGCAGCUGAACAGUGUCACCGAUUGGCUGAAGAACAUGAAUCACUUCUUGAAGAAUGGUGGUUCAAGAAAAAAAAUUCAUUUCCAGACAUAUUUUAUUACCUUUGUAUCGAUAAACUUCAAGUGUGCUGUCCUGAAAACCAUUAUGGUCCUGACUGUAAACCUUGUGUUGGUGGAAUCGUAAAUCCGUGUAAUAAUCAUGGACAGUGCAAGGGUGGUGGAACAAGAAAAGGUUCAGGCUUAUGUAGAUGUGAUCCUGGAUAUAUUGGGGAAUUUUGUGACCAAUGCAAAAUUGGAUAUUUUAAUGAAUCAUCUGGUGAUUCCUGGCAAUGCUUAAAAUGUGACAAAUCUUGCAAAGCUCAUUGUCGUAAAGGUGGACCAAGAGGUUGUGAAGUCUGUGCAACUGGUUAUCAGUAUUCCGUAGAGCUUGGAUGCAUUGAUGUGAAUGAAUGUGUUGAACUAAGUUCAGAUCCUUGUAAGCUUGGAACUUUCUGUGUUAAUUCCAUUGGAUCAUAUCGUUGUGUUGCGUGUGAUAAAUCAUGUGAUGGAUGUACUGGUGAUGGACCUGAUAUGUGCAUUAAAUGUGCAAGUGGCUAUACAUAUGAAGACCCUCUGUGCAUUGAAAUAAAAACUUGGAGGCGCUCUUUAUAUAUUGAAGUCACUCGUUAUGGAACAUAUUUAGGACUCUGUGUAGCUACUUUCAUUAUAUUUCGACGACACAUGUUCAUUGCAAGUAUUAUAGGUAUAUUUGUAGCUGUGUAUAUUGGAUUGUCUGAAUAUACUGUGGGUGAAUGGGAUAAGCGAUCUUUAAUAAAAUCAAUAAAAUCACUCAUAGUUUUAUGAUGAUAAAUAUCUGAUAAUUAAUAGCUUAUUAUUUGUUCUAAUGAAUAUACAUGAAUAUAAUGAAUAUAGAUUCUUUAUUGUUUCUCUAUUUAACUUAUAUUCACAUUGAAUAUUAAAUUUCCACUAUAUUCAUGCUAUCACUUUCAUAUAAUUAUUUGCAUAUGGAUAAUGUUUAAUUGUUAGUUAGCUACAAUUCAUUAUCUUUUAAUAUUCACUGACUAGUUUUUUUAAAGGUUGUCAACAAGUAAAAUUAUUAAUUGAACCAAUAUUGUACUAUGGUGAAAGUUGUAAUUAUGUAAGAUCAGAAUUUUAUCCCAGAUAGCGACUGAAGCCUGAACAACUUCAGAUUGAUGGGUACCAUCUUGUUAGGGAAAUGUAAGCAAUUGAUGUGCAAUGCUGACCUUAAAUGUUGCUUUUAUUGUUAGUGGAAAAUUAUGGAACCUAAACCUCCAUAACCCUGUUAGCAGUGGUGUACAUAGACUUAGUUGCACCCCCAUGCGAAAAUUAUAAAUACACCCUAUCUUAGACUGAAGACAAUUUUUAAAAAAUUAUAAUAUGAGACAAGAACACUAUGAAAAGACAUUUGGGAAUUCAUAAUAAUUUGUUUUAUUUUAAUUUAUAUUAAUUUAUAGAUUUUAAUUUAAAUUAUUUUUAUAUGCAUUAAUAAAGAAUUAAUAAUUAUGAUGAAAAGGUAGAAUUUAGAAAAAGUACUAAAUUAGAACAUUGUAUACACUUAAUGAGUAACAACAUUGAAAUGAAAUUUAUCUUAAUAAUACAGGAAAAUAACUAACUAUCUUGCAAUAAUUAUAAUCAAAGUUUAGUUAAGGGUUAUUUUUCUAUAAAAUGAAUUGAAAAGUAAUUUGUAAAGUAUAAAAAUAUUUUAGAAAGUAUAAAAUUAUUUUUAUUGAAAUUCAUAUUAUGGGGUGCACAACUUUUUUGAAUGAAGGAUUAUGUGCCAAAGUACUUAUAUAUGUUGAUGGCAGUUACGUUAACUUUAAUGUAAACGUAAGUGUUUUAGACAUAGUUCGUUUCAUCAGUCGACUUAGUGAUAUAUUUGCAUUAAAUUAAAUUCCUUUAAAUAAUUAUAAUUUUUUUUAAAAUCUUAAUUCUUUUAAUUAAUUAUUUUUCGUUUUAUUGGCUAACUUGGUAAUAUAUUUGCAUAAAAUUAAAUUCUUUUAGACAUUAAAAACUGAAGAAAACCAAUCACGGGGGUUGCAGAGGUGUUAUUUGCACCACUGGCUGUUAGCCAACAACUGGUUGUUGAAGUGGUUUGCUUCAUAAAUUUUUAAAAGUACUUGUUUUAAAACUAUUGUCAUGGAUUAAUGAACCUUUCAUUGUAGUUGUAUUGUAUGUUUCAGAGAAACUAGUAUAUUUUAACUAACUAAAUUAUUUCAGAUAUGAACUUCAUGACAUAACUUAUGUACUUCUAGAAUUCAUACUUAUUUGUUAGGUUGAAGUUUAAGUGAAAAAAUGUUUAUAUUCUUCUUCUAAAAAUUAUAAUUUGUUCUUGUAUAUUUUGAGUUCCAUAAUAUUUGUUAUUAAAAAUGCGGAAUUAUGUUUGAUUUUAUUUUGGUUUACAUCACAUUACAUCUCACAAUAAGUGUGAACUUUUUAUUAAUAAGAAAUAAAACAUUAAAAGUUUAAGAUACUUAUAAAAAAUUUAUGCUGUUUUUUUAUUUCUAGAUGUGUUAAAGUAAUUAUUUUAAAUUAAGUAUGUUAUAUAGCUAACUUUUACUCUUUUUGAAAAUUUAAAAUUUGUUUUUACGACACAGAAGAAAAAAAAUGUUUUUCAGUGUUCUAAUAUGAUUUAAUCUCCAAGUGCAUUUCUUAUUAUCUUCGAGUUUAUUGAUUUUGUAUUUUUUUUAAUUUUAAGUAAUGAUGACACUUAUGAUUUAUAUUGGAUAAAAGCUUUUUUUAUACUUUAUUUAAAUAUUCCUCCUCACCUGAAAAUAUGCAUUUAAUUCACAUCAGUAAAAUACUUCUAGCAUUUUUUAUUCCUAAAGUCUCCUUGCCUUCUUCAGACUGUGCUUUUAGAUUGUUAUUUUUUAUACUAAAGAAAGUAUUGUUAAAUGCAAAAUCUUGCCCCUGCUCAACUGUUCCUAAUCGUCUGGAUGUAUACAUCUCAAUAUCUUGUUAUCAAAUGUUAAAAUAUUUUUUUGUUUUGAACAAUUCAUUAUUUUUUAAAAAGACAAUAAUAAUUUUAUUUCACUGUUUUUCUUAUUUCAUAAAACCUACAAUACUUAUUAUAUAAAGAAGUUUUUUUUUUUAAAAUUUGAAAAUCGAGAAUAGUCAAUAAAGAAUGGCAGAAACAUUGAAAUAAAAAAAAAAAAUCCACAGGUUGAAAUUUGAAAAAGAAAUAUCAGUUGAGGGAGCUUAUUUGAAAUUAGUUGAGUUAAAUUUAAAGAAAUACUGUAAUAUAUCUAGAAAUUAAGCAUGGUAAUAAAUAGGUUAUUAAAAUUUAUUAGAUAGGGAAAAAUGUAGAACAUAGUAAAUAUUUUGUGUUAUCGUUAUGUUAUGUGUAAUAUUUUUUUUACGUAGUAAACAUCUCUUUAUUAUUAUGCACUCUUUUAAAGAUCUUUAAAUUAUCUGAUAAAAAUAUUAAAUUUUUUAUUAUAAUAGUACUAAUUUACUCCAUAUGUUUUUUUAAAACAUCCAAAAAUGUUUAAAUAUGAAAGAAUAACUAUAGAAUUCUCAGACUUUUUCUAUAAUAUAAUCUUUAUUAUUAGGCGGUUUCUUUUCAUUUCGUAAUUUCAAAUCUGGAGACAAAGAGGAAUAUCUAAUACACUAAUUCAGGGGUUCCCGAGCUCUUUAGUUGAGACCACCAAUUUUGUAAAAAAUGCUUUGAGGCUUAUUAACUACUAAAUAUACAAGUAAAAAAUGCAAUGACAAAUAGAUACCUAUAUGUAUGUGAAUAUAUAUAUAUAUAUGAAUAUAUAUAUAUAUUCACAUAUAUAUUAUAUAUGUAUGUGAAUAUAUAGUAUAUGUGAAUAUAUAUAUUUUCAUGAGACCUGAAAAUUACCAUGGGAAACUAAAAUUUAAAUGCGUUCAAAUUUAAUUACAUUUUGACAAAUGACUAAAUAUAUGAUUCGAAAUUUAAAUGCAAUUUAUUUAGUAAAGAAGAAAAACUUACAUUACUUUGAUAAAAAAAUCUGUCAUCUUUGUUUCUUUGCUCAUUUUUUUAUCUAUAGGUAUACAAUGACUUUCCCAACAAUUUCAAUGCAUCAAUUUCUUUCUCGCUUUUUAUGUUUUGGAAGAAGCUUUUCAGUCUUUGCAGCAUAACUUCUGCUUCAUUAAAUAAUAAUGAUUGAUCUGAAUAUUUAGUGUUCAUCACUAUUAGGUUCCAUAUUUUCAAAUUACCUCUUAUUCUCAGAGCAAUCAGAGGCACAUCUUAGAUUUGCAAAUUCUCCAUAAAGGCAGUAUCAGGCUCAACAUUCUGUUCUGAAAUGCUGAACUGUCAGAACUGUUGUAUGAUUACCUUUUCUGAAACCUUCAACGAUACUGUCUUUGGAAUCUUUUUUCCAGACAGACGAUAAAGCUUUUAACAAUUUUUUUUCCUUUUGUGUUAGACAUUUGAAGUUGUACAAGACUCAAACUCAGCCAGGGCCAUUUUCACAAGCUGUAAGUCCAAUUUCUUGCGAGCCAUACACUGAUCGAUGAAUAAUAUCUCUUUUUACUUUUGUACUCACAUUUUUCUGUCAAAUUCUAGUAGAUAUUCUCUGAGAAUGACUUUGGUCACCCAUGCUUUUUCAUUUGAUUUAUACUUUGUUGGAUAUGUUUUGCCAUUUUUAAAACAACGUGGGUUUUUGGAGUGGCCAAUUACAAGGGGUUCAGUUUUUCGCUGCCAUCCAUGUUACGGCACAAUAACACAGUAAUUAAUUUUUUUUACUAUUUACCACCCUGACAUUGUUCACCUUACACUAUAUAUGACUUCACUGUUUAUUCGGAAGAUAUUUAAAAAAUAAACCUGUUUUAUCUCCAUUAAAAAUAUUCUUUGGAACAUCGUUUUUAAUUAAAGAUGUCAAGGCUCUAUUCCUCCACAGUCACGUCACUUACAUCAUUAAUGCUUGCAAACUGCUUGCUGAGCGAUAUACUAAAUUAUGUCUCUUUUUAAGUCGAUAAAUUCUUCCAGAUUAAUAUGAGAUGAAAUUUUACUAGAUUUUUAUUUUUAAAUAGACCCAUAUGUACACAAGUUUUGCAUAUGGGAAGGUUUUCAUAGUUUUAACUUUUUUAGCAACUUUUCCUAAAACAUUGGAUUUUGACUACAGUACCUAGCUGUUUGAGGAUGAUUUUGGUGGAAGUCCUUUAAAAUUUUUACUUAUUCAGUUUUUGUUUGUACAAACUGGACUAAUAUUUGGAUAAUAUUUGCUUUGUCAGCUACUGAGAAAUGUUUACAUGUUGCAGCCAAGGUGAUUUCACUGUAAAUUAGAAGAAUAUAUUUUGUACUUCAGGUCACCUUUCCACUGAUAUAAAUAUAACCCUCUCCUAUUGUUUGAGGGACAGCAUUCACUAAGCAAUGAAAGAGGAUGUGCAUUUCUAGCACUUGUCAGUGCAAUCACAAUCUUCAAAUAUAUCGGCCUAGUGCAUUAAGGAAUGUUCAACCUGCACUAAGUGGUGAGGUAAACAAAAGAAUGAUGCUCAUGAAGAACAGAAAAUGUAUUUCUCUUCCUUCUCUUCCCUGACCUUCAGAAUUACAAAAUGACUAUUACCCUAAAUCCCUAUACAAAGUGGAAGCUAAAAAAGGUGUUUCAUCCAAUUUCAAAGCGGAGGUUACUUUUCUUUAAUUUAUUAAAAUCAUUAAUCAUGUAAUAGAAUCAUCCCAAAAAAAUUGUAUUAGACCUCAAGCUUUAUUUUGGCUUAGACUAGAGACCAGAGUCCAUGAUCCAGUACUAUGCUGUCCAAGGCCCAUGAGUUUAGAACUGCUGCUCUAAAUGAUAAGCAUUCAAAUUAUACAGUAACUUAACAAAAUUGCUUGUUAUUAUAAUCACGAGAACUAUUCAAGUGCAAGAAGUUUUUAAUUAAAAAAUACUGUGUAAUUAUUCAUAGUAUAUAAUAAAAAUGGUAAAACUUUGACAUACAUUAUCAAUUCAUCAUACCAAUUAGUCAAUUUUGUCAUUAAAUAGCACAAGUUACAAAUAAUUUAAAUUUAUUCCAAUUUGUAUCUGUAGUAUUAAGCAUUUUUUAUGCCAUGAGUAUUUAACCUCUUGCGAUCUACCCCCUACUUUUCUUUCUUAGUUGCUCUGCUGGUAGAUAAAUUUUCUAACUGCAUCCUUGUACCUUAUUUAUUUUAAAAUGGCUACGAAUUAUUCCUAAUUUUUGAGUAGAUUUAGUAAAACUAUAUAUUUAAACUUAACUUUCACAUAGCUUCCAACCUCUAGUUAUAAAGGGGAUAGUUAUAA